UGGGGAUAAAAGCAUCGGGCAGCUCCGAGGGGAGCCUGCACCUUUCCAGCUUUACUUGCAAGCCGGAGGAGCGGAGGGGAAAGCCUGCGUGUCCCCUCCACCCUUUGGGGAAGCCCCCAGCCAAGGCAGAUCCUCGCCACCCCUCCAAAAACCAAGCCAGGCUUGGGCUCCACGCCUCGGGGGAGCGCGUUGCAAUGCCACCCUGACCCGGGGAUCGCCCCCCUCCUGCCCGCUGGUCCAAGGGAGGAGGAGUGGUGGCAGGAGGGUGGAAGUGGAGGUGGGGGGGGGAAGAGAAAGGCAGCUCGCAGGCCAGGCUGGGAGUUGUAGUCCGGGGGGUGGCGGCUGUGCUGUCCCGCGCCGCCUGCAAAGACUACCUUGCCCACAUGGCCUCGCGCCCGGGCGCAUGAGCUCUCCACCGCUUUAGCGCAUCUAUUAUGCUGCCUUGCCGAGGCUAAAAAGAAGAGCAACUGGAGGGGACUAUCGGGCAAACGUUGCUGGAGCCGCCGGGGCAAAAGUCAGGCAAGGACUUUGAUUAUUUGGACUGGACUGACCUGGGAGUGGUAUGAGAAAGGCCCUGCCCUUAAGAGCUUUACGGUUGCAUGGUUGGACCCUGGAAAUGGGAUGUCCAUCCCAUUCAGGGAACAUAAAGGAAGAAAGAAAAUCUCCUAGCUGGUGCUGCAGCCUCCGCAACCGGGAGUGAGAUCCGGAGGUGGGAACAUGUCGACGGUCACCUCAGCGAUCCAGGCUCCUCAGGGCCCUGUCAAUCCACCGCCCCCAGAAGUCACCAACCCCAACAAGCCUGGGCGGAAAACCAACCAGUUGCAGUACAUGCAAAAUGUAGUGGUGAAGACCUUGUGGAAGCAUCAGUUUGCUUGGCCCUUCUACCAACCCGUGGAUGCAAUUAAGUUGAACUUACCAGAUUAUCACAAAAUAAUCAAAAACCCGAUGGACAUGGGGACGAUCAAGAAGCGGCUGGAACAUAACUAUUACUGGAGUGCCAGUGAAUGUAUGCAGGAUUUCAACACAAUGUUUACAAACUGUUAUAUCUACAACAAGCCCACGGAUGACAUCGUCCUCAUGGCUCAAGCCCUGGAGAAGAUUUUUCUGCAGAAAGUGGCCCAGAUGCCUCAGGAGGAAGUUGAAUUGUUGCCGCCGGUUCCAAAAGGCAAAGGUCGCAAGCCAGCAGCAAGCGGACAGAGUGCAGGAGCACAGCAGGCAGCAGCCGUGUCCUCUGUCUCCCCGCCGGCCCCUUUCCAGAACGUCCCUCCCGCCGUGUCGCAGACGCCGGUUAUCGCUGCCACGCCAGUGCCAACCAUCACUGCAAACGUCCCGCCUGUCACUGCCCCUCCCGCCGCCGCUCCCCCUCCUCCCGCCGCGCCGAUCAUGCCGGUGGUUCCUCCGACGCCACCGGUAGUCAAGAAAAAGGGAGUGAAGCGAAAAGCAGACACGACCACCCCCACCACGUCCGCCAUCACUGCCAGCCGGAGCGAGUCGCCCACGCCAUUGUCCGACCCGAAGCAGGCGAAAGUGGUCGCGCGGCGCGAGAGCGGCGGCCGACCCAUCAAACCACCAAAGAAAGACCUCGAGGAUGGGGAGGUCCCGCAGCACGCGGGGAAGAAGGGCAAACUCUCUGAGCACCUCAAGUACUGUGACAGCAUCCUCAAGGAGAUGCUCUCUAAGAAACACGCUGCCUACGCAUGGCCCUUUUACAAGCCUGUCGAUGCAGAGGCCUUGGAAUUACAUGACUAUCACGAUAUUAUCAAACACCCUAUGGAUCUCAGUACUGUUAAAAAAAAAAUGGACAGCCGGGAGUACCAGGAUGCUCAGGGCUUCGCAGCGGAUAUUCGGUUAAUGUUCUCUAAUUGUUACAAGUACAAUCCUCCAGACCACGAAGUUGUAGCCAUGGCCAGGAAGCUCCAGGACGUCUUUGAGAUGAGAUUCGCAAAGAUGCCGGAUGAGCCUGCGGAGCCACCCCCGCCGCCGCCUCCGACGGCACCGGUGGUGAGCAAAAGCACGGAAAGCAGCCACAGCAGCGAGGAGAGCUCGUCGGACUCGGACACCUCCGACUCCGAAGAGGAGCGAGCGACCAGGCUGGCUGAGCUCCAGGAGCAGCUGAAAGCCGUCCACGAGCAGCUUGCAGCCCUGUCCCAAGCACCAGUGAACAAACCAAAGAAAAAGAAAGAGAAGAAGGAGAAAGAGAAGAAAAAGAAAGACAAGGAUAAAGAGAAAGAAAAAGAGAAGCACAAAGUGAAAGCGGAGGAGGAGAAGAAGCCUAAGGUGGCCCAGCCAGCAAAGCAGACCCAGCAGAAAAAAGCACCAGCUAAAAAAGCAAACAGUACGACCACAGCCAACAGGCAACCCAAGAAAGGCGGCAAACAGGCAUCAGCAACCUACGACUCGGAGGAGGAGGAGGAGGGUCUGCCCAUGACCUACGACGAGAAGCGCCAGCUCAGCUUGGACAUCAACCGCCUACCGGGCGAGAAGCUGGGCAGGGUGGUGCACAUCAUCCAGUCACGGGAACCUUCCCUCAGGGACUCCAACCCCGACGAGAUAGAGAUAGAUUUUGAAACCUUGAAGCCCACCACUUUGCGGGAACUGGAGAGAUACGUGAAGUCUUGUUUACAGAAAAAACAAAGGAAACCGUUUUCUGCGAGUGGGAAAAAGCAAGCAGCAAAGUCUAAAGAGGAGUUAGCUCAGGAAAAGAAGAAAGAGUUAGAAAAACGGUUACAGGAUGUCAGCGGGCAGCUAAACAACAACAAGAAACCUGCUAAAAAAGAAAAAUCGGGCUCUGCUCCCUCCGGAGGCCCUUCCCGUCUCAGCAGCAGCAGCUCCUCAGAAUCCGGAACCAGCAGCUCGAGCGGCUCCAGUUCGGACAGCAGCGAUUCGGAGUGAAUGACGGACACUUAAGAAAACAAAACCCAUGGACACGGCCCACACCAAUACACUGCAGUGUUCCCUUCUCUGGUUAACAUACUGCUCUUGUACCACGGUGGUCAGGUUUUUUUCUCUCUUUUUUUUUUUUUUUAAUUUUUUUCCCCUUUAAAUCAUCAUUAUAAAAUAUCUUCCCUUCCCCCCUUCCUCCCCCCGCCACACCCCUUGCUUUUUAAUAGAUCAAAGAUCCUUUUACGCACGCGUGCGUGUGACACUAGACUUUACGACGAGUCGGUCACUCGGCGUAAAGUCUCUAAAUAUUUUUUAACUGAGAACGGUCACUUGGAAGUGACUACAACUUUGAACUCCUGACGCGAGGUCCAUUGAGAAAUCAGCAAGGUGUAGUAUACAGGGUUUUUUUUAGUUGUUGCUUUUAUUUUCUUUUAAUUUUUUUUGGUUGAUUUUCGUUUGUUCUGUUUGGCAAAGUUCUCGUUGAAUGCACCCCAGCCUGGCUCACUACGUCACAAGGAAAAAAAACAUAUUUUUUUUUUUUAAAAAGAGAAAUCUCUGUAAAAUGGUACUGUAUCUGAAAGAUGUUAGCUUUUGAACUAGUUGGUGUAUUUGUUAUUAGCACUAGUAUUCUUAAUCUCCAAGUCUACAGUGUGAUGAAAAUGUCAGACGCUAUCAUCUUUUUACAUGGAAAAAAAAACCUCAUGUACUGUGGAUUGUUAAAAUGUAUUUUUUUUUUUUUUUGUUGGGGAGGGAUAUAGAGGCUUAGGCAUCAAAUCAGGAAGGCAUUUAAGCAUGUGCUGAGCUUUUGAACACUUGAGCAGCUGAUCUGGUUGGAUUUUUUUUUUUUUUUUUUCCUGCCUUGAAAAGUCCCGUGUUUUCUAUGGUGGUAGGGAAGGAAAUAAUAUUUUUGAUGGGGUUUUUUUGUUCGUUUGUUUUUUACUGGAAAAAAAGAAAAACCCUUUUCAAGGAAAGGCAGCGAACUGCUUGCAAACGGUCGUUUCACCAAAACCCAGGUUCCCGUUGCAAAGUUUAUAAGCAAUUGUAGCAGCCCAUACAUGACUAUAGCAGCGAACAAUACAACUCAUGUGCUCAAAAUCAGACAUAUGCUUAAAUACCUUCUCCAAAUCAGGGGCCUUAGACUGGGUUUUAUAAUGGGGGCGUUACAGCUUCAGCCCAGGCUAAGCCACUCGGGGAAUUGGGGAGGGAUGUCAAAUUCUUUUUUUUUUUUUUUUUUUUUUCCUAUCUUUUUAUCGGCAACAAGCUCCUGGGAGGGAACGCUAUACUUCUGUGUCGUGCAGGGUGCAGGUUUCCAAACACUGAAACUUUUACCUCAAGGGAAAAAAGAAAAAAACUAAAAAAAAAGAAGAAAAAAAAAAAAAAAAACAAAAAAAAAAAAAAAAAAAAAAGCGGGGGUGGGAGGGGAGAAAAAGAAGAAAAGAAAAAAAAAAUUUGUAAGGCUCAGCAAUUUUCUAUGAGAGCCCAGCCUAAUGUUUUGACCUGCACUGCUGCAAAACACACACUCCAUUAACACUGUCCCUUAUUCCUGUAUAUAUAAAUACUUUAUUUAUUAACACCAUUGGUCAUUUUAAACAAAAAUCAAACAAAAAAAAAGCCUGCAUUAUGAAGAACAGCAGAAAUGCAGAUUUUUUUUUUUUUUUUUUUAAAUGGUUUGAACCAGACUAGGGGAAGAAAAAAAAUCUGAGACCUUAUUUAAAUGUAUUGGAUUUUUUUAUCUACAGGUGCUACAGCCCGUUACUUCCUGUCUCGGCGCUCUGUCAUGUCUUGUGUAUUCAGUUUUUGGUUUGUUUCUCUCUCUCUCUGUGUUUCUCUUUUCUUUUUGUACAGAAUUUGGAGAUUUACAGGUAUAGAGGAUUUCCAGAUGCAGCACAUUUUUUAUUUUAUCUAUAAUUUUUUCCACGGUUAUUUUUCUCGCUCUCUCUCUUUUAUAGAACACUUUUUAAAAUCCCAUUUGAGGGAAACCCCGGUUCUAUUAAUAUACGCUUUGUAAUCCGAGGGGCAGAAAUUUAUUGUAAAUUUCUUCAUUUUUAAACUUUUUAUUGUAAAGAAAAAAAAAAUAUACGGAGUUUAACAGAAGGCUAUACUUUUCUUAUCCCCACUGUCAGCCCCUUGAGGCGACCUCAAUGCCUUGAGCUUGGGGAAGCCCCGAGACUUGGCCAGCCAAGGGCCACGUUAGCAACUUGCCAUGAGCCUCACGCGGUGCAGAUUGCAUUUGCUUGCAGUCUAUAAUAGAGAGAUACAGGGCAGGAGGACUGCACUUCUCAGCAUGCCAUAUUCAGUCUCAGCAGGCUCAGAUUCAUACCACUCCAGAGGGGAUUUGGCAUGCCCGGGACAGGUGGGUCCAGCGGCUUGCCCCUCUGAAGUUAGGGGAGCCACGAGCCAAGCUAUCGGGUCACCAUGGCUUGCACUUUUUUAUUGCUUCCAAGCUGAAUGAAUUUCCAUGUGAUGACAUUUUAUCUCAUAGGUCUUUAGAGGAUAGUCAAUCAGAGAUGAAAUUAGGUGGCUGCCGCUGCUUGUAUCUGUCUGUGAAAUCCAUCUUUUGAAUGUCAGUCAACAUUUCAGGAAAGAGGUGUGGAACGAUGGGGUAUCUAUAUGCGACUCUAAUACAGCCCGAGCUGCUCUGUGUAUGUCUUUUAAUUGUAAAGUUAUAAACUCCUACACAGAAUCUGCCAAUGCCCUGGGAAGGCAUCGUCAUACGGUGCCAGAGGAAGAGACAGAAAUGAAAAUGGACUCGAUCCUUUGAGGCACCAAGUGCCUCUCCUACGAUGCUCGCCAUCCCUCAGUUCACACUGAAAUCAGUGGACCCCAGGCCCUUUUGCUGUAGAUGUAUCGGCCUGUUUGGUCCCAAAGCAUUUGAAAGAAACGGACAGACUAGAAUAGCUUGCAUUUUACCGAAAUUAAUGCUUUACCUUUUGCUUUUCUAUUCAAAAUUUCUAACCAGAGUUUAAUUUUAAUUUCUAUAUAUUUUUUAAAAAGCACUGCCAUUUGUUGUUGUUGGGUUUUUUGUUUUUUUUUAAAGUCUUUACCCAAACAGAUCCUUAGUAAUCUAUUUUUAAAAGUUACUAGGAAGAAAUCUAAUAUACCCAUGAUCAGGGCUUAGAUCAUUUUUAAGGGUGGGCUUGUUUGUGUUUUGUCGUAACGUUAGAUUUACAGUCGCUGGAACAGAACAGUGUUUGGUUUUGUUUGGGGUUUUUUUAACUAGAUAUAAGCAAUCCGAUGCCAACCUGGAAUAAACCCUGGACAGAAGCUAGCACUCCUCCAAACAAAAAUCCUCCCCGAUGUGUAUUCCUCUGGGGUCUAGCUGAUAACGUCGUGUGGAGUUCACUCGGGGUGACAUUCCCUCCUAUGUCGAGAGCCAGAACAUGUCCUGUUCACUACUCGGUCCCUAUUUUGAGGAUAUAAGUGAUGGAUAAGGUUUGUAAUAGCUGUUCAUCCAGUUGUUUUGCUUCUACCCCCUCCCUCCCCCUACUGCAAAAAAAAUCUGUACAGUAUUUAUGCUUUGAGGUCAAAGGACCCCGGCGAAGUCAGCGGCUGAAUUGGUGAUGGCCACUACGAGAUCAUAGAUGCAUUCCCUUGGGUGCUAAUGGGUCUGAUUCAAAGCCUGUUAAGUUCAGGGGACUUUGGAUCAGAUGUCAAGUGAUCCAUGGGGACUUGACCUGGUGUCCAACCCUGUUCCCAUGGAAUCCAUUGGAGUUCAUUCACCGUCACGGGAGGCUAAAUUUGGGCCAGGGGACCAGAUCCUUAGCAGCUGUAAAUCGCCAUCAGUGGUGAUUUACAUCACUGGUGGCAAUUUGUCAUUUUACCUCUGAAAGAAAACGAAUGAAAAACCAGGCGGGAAAGGACUUGAUCAUCUGAAAUCAAAUGGUUCCCAUGUGAUGGGAAAUUUCUCCAUUGGGUUUCAUCUGUUUAGUUUUAAACCUGAACCCAAACAAAAUCUGUUUGACGUUUUGGAUGAAAUGGCAAUUUCAGACUUGCAAAACAUCAGUGGUUAGGAAAUUUUGAAAUUCCAUUUCAGACCUACGUUUGCACACGUUUUAUAUUUUUCGUGCUUUUGCAUUAUUUCAUGAAAUGUCAGUGAUGGUGCAUCUUAUAUUUGCUAGAUCAAAGUGUCUCCGGAAAGGAAGGUACGUUUCAUUCAGUACUGCGUAGCAGGUAUCUUUUAAUAUGUUCUAAAUAAAGUAUUUCAGCUAUCAUAUUGCAUCGUGACAUGUCAGUAUUAGUAGCGCACCUCAUGAAAUAGUGUAAAACUAGGAAAAAUAAAGCCAAUUCCAAAACAGGAUUUUGAAAUUUAGCAAAUAGACAAUUUCCCACAAGAAAAAAAAAAUGUAAUUUGGAUCGUCUUCCAUGACAAAAUUUAUCCAAACAAUUCAAAUAUCCCAAAAAUUCCAGUUUCAGAGAAACAGGGUUUUUCUGUUGUUGGUUUUUUGAAAACCUCUUUCGUCAAAAGUUAUCUGACCGGCAUUGGUUCAUCAUUUUAAUUGAUCACAAAUUUAGCCUAUUUCUUGGUCUACCUUUAAGAGUCUAAUGGGAGCAGAGGGAAAUCAGGAUCCCAUGGCAGCAGACCCUGCUUCAUCUAGAAAAAUAAUCUGUCAACUCUGAAUUUUUUUUUACUGAGGAGAUCCAGUUAAUACAGAUCUGUAUGGCUGGGAUUUUACCCUUUGCAACUAAUAGGGUUUGAAACUAUAGAACUGAUUUUAGACCUGUUAAAAGGUAUAUGUAUCUAUACAUGCACCUGGGUCUGUGUGUGUGUAUAUAUAAAAAUGAAUGACCCAUUUGUUUAGUCCUUUUCCAUGUUCUCUAUUUGGUAAAAAUCAGACGGCGGUUAUUUUAAUCUAGUUUUUCUCUGCUUUUGGGACUCGUAGACCAGUUUUUAAUUAUUUCCUUGUUUUUGAAAGGAAAGAUGUUUUCUAAGGGUGGGGUUGGAGCUGGGGGAGAGGGUUGGGAGAAGACAAAAAAAAAUAAAACCUUUUUAGUACUGGCUUUUAAAAAAAACACAUUCUAAAAAUCAAACGGUGCUUCUCUAGGGCAGGCUCUGAGUUGCAGGAAAUUAAUGUAGAGCGAGAACUCAAGACACUAGCUAGCAGCGUUCCUUUGCUUGUAGAACAGCACGAGGCUUUUUUUAAAAUGGGAUUUCAGUAUCUUUUCAAAAAGACCAUUUUUUUAAAAAAAAAUUAAGAAAACAACCCACCAGCUAGAACUCGACACCAGGCCAUUUUAGAACUUAUUCCCUGUUACCGGCAUAACAAUUCCAGAAAGAUUUGUUUGUUGGUUUUUCCUUUUUUUUUUUUUUUUUUUUUAUAUUUAAAAAAAUGUUACUUUUCUGUAUGAUGUGCAUGCAACUUUACCGUAACUCUUUUUCUUAAAACUUUUUAGUGCCAUUUCUAGUAUAUUCCUGUAAAUGUCAGUUACUGAAAAACGAGUCAAUGUAAGUAGUUUUAGCUUGUUUAUUGCAAAUGCUGGCCUCGACACAACAGAAUUAAAAAAAAAAAAAAAAAGUUAGAAAGUAAUCUUUGAUGUUACUGGUAAUCAUGGACCCCAUUCCCGGGGCAUUUGUUUUGUUUUCAUAAUAAAAAAAAAAAAGUGCUGGCCUGUACCACUCGAAACAUUUCUUUCCCUUCCCCUCCCUAGUUCCCUGAAGCUGUGGACAGCUGUAACUUUCAUAGCACUUUUAAAGUGGUAUAAACACCUUUAUGCUGCUAUAAACGGUGAGUGGACAAGCAUGCGUGCUCACUAAGCCACUACCAAACUGGCUGAAAGCGUGCUGGGAAAAAUCAGGUAUUACUUUGUGCUGUUAUUUGCCAAAUGAUGUCUGUACACUUGUCACAUUUGUCUAUGACAAGGAGCCCAGUUGGUCCUCCAGGUAUCCCACAAUGCAAUGUUUCUCUCCUCCCUCCCCACUCCAAUCCCACAAAUGGCUACAAGCUGCUGCUCGGUGACUAGAGCCAAACUCUCGUGCUCCGGGAUCAUAUGUCACACGCAAGUCCAAUUGUUCGGGGCCCUCUUUUAGCAACCCCCUUCAGUCGAGUCGACAGUUCUCCAAGUUAAAACUGUCAGGGCCAUGUCUUCGGUGCCCAAACUAAUGUUUGCUUGUUUUUAAUAGCAAAAUAAUUAAUAGGGUUCGUUAUCUCACUGGGACCUACUGGAGACGAGGCACAGGCAGUUUCCACCUUGGUAUAACAAGGUGAGAUCAAUGCAAUGCCCGUGGCCAGCCUUGCCUGCCUGGAUUGCCGUGAAAGCUGCAGGUUUGGUCUCCGCCAGGCAUUUACAGAUCCUAACAUGCAUUAGGAGCAUGGGUACACACACUGAGAGGGAAUGGGAACAUGCAACGUUUUAUCCCGGAGUAAAUGAAAAUUGCCUAACGGUGCCCAGCCCACUUUGAACCAGCCCAAACCCAACCCCAUCCGAUGAUUUUACCAAUGCUGGCCCCACUUUUGAAUAGCAACAGCUGCAGUAUCGGUUGGCCUGGUCUGUUAUGCGGUAAUAUGGACUGUGGCUGCAGAAGUCCUUCUGGCCCCAAAACAGGUGAGUGCUUUUCUCCGAUCAUUUUGAAAUGCGCAGUCAGUGGCAGGGUGGGACAUCAGUAACUCUAGCCACCUGCCUUCAGUUAAGGGGGUUAUCAAUAUCUAGUGACUGAAAGAAUCGGUAUUGGAAACCAAGCACCUAGCUAGCGGCUAAAUCUGGUUUGCCUGUUGGUAACUCUGCUAUGGCCAUAUGAAUUUCCUUGACACAAUGGGACUUUUUUAGAUCUUAUUUUCAGGCAUUUAAAUACCAUAAGAAUAAGCAUAGUGGGGUUCUGCAAGAGUUUGUUCCCCAUCCACAUUUCCACCCAGUGGCUUAAAAGACCUUGGUCCAUCUGCAGGUGAAGACAUUAAAGAGGACACAGGCCUUAUCCUUUCCUCCCUUGAUUUUUAUUGAAUAACUGCUUGUUAUUUGGAAAAUGUGUGUUAUUGUUGGUUGUUAUUCAGUUCACACACUUUCUGGGAGGAAGCCUGUGUAGACUCUUCCCUUCUGAUGCAGGAGAGCUGCUCCCAUGCCAUGGGAUAAGCUGUCAAAGUCCUAACAUUAGCCACAUCCAGGGCUCAAUCCUGCCAGCUGCUGAGCGCUCUGGCUCUGACCCAGCUGGGCGUCUAAGCACUUAACAUUAAGCCCAUGAGUAUUUUGACUGAGGUCAAAAUUGAACAUUCCCAUCUAUAAACUUAGGACUUGAGGAAAAGAAAGGGGGUUUUAAAAGCUGUAGCUGUUUCUUUGGACAAUGACUCCCAAAAGGGUGCCCUGCUCAUAGGUUUGAAGCAUGUCCGUACACGCUGUCCUGGAGGAAGCCUGUAGACUGAUGGGACAGAACAUUUUCUGCUGCAGGGAGGUGUCAGAUGCCUAUCGUACAAAUGCGGCAUACAAGCCCAGAGCCUGAAGAGAGCUUCCCAACACUUGUCAGACAACCUCAGUCAGUGCCCAGCUGAGUGACAGCGACAAGAUUCAAGUUGUCCUAGUUACAGACAGUCGAUUGUAGAACAUAAUGUCUGAUGCAUCCCUUCAACGACAGACUCAGUCCAUGUUCCCCUGGCCUGCUGUGCCUAGGAAGCAGCGGUGGAAUUGCAGUGGGUUGGAUUUCACUACAUCAGCUCUUUGGAGGAUGUCAGUUGUAGCUCCAUUGACUACAAUGGGGCUCUGCCUCCUUACCCUGGUGCAGGACCUGGCUCUUUGUGCCUGCCGAUGGCUCGAAGGACAUAUGUCCCUCAUGUCUGCUCUCACGCAGAGCUGGCAGUGUUGAUGCCUGUACCUUCCUCUGAGUUGUUUCUCCGCAUGUCACUAUUAUGAUUCUUUCUGCAGACUAUGAGAGGGGUCGGU